AUGUCGCGUUUCAGCGUUGUCGAGGCCGCCCGUCCAGUGGAAAUUUUUGCGCUGUCAAAAGCGUACAAGGAGGACACGAACCCAAAAAAAGUCGACCUUGGUAUUGGAGCAUAUCGAACCAAUGAGGGAAAGCCCUGGGUUCUACCUGUUGUCCGCAAAGCUGAGCAAGCCCUUUCCAAGGAUGAAUCGCUAAAUCACGAGUACCUAGGUCAGCUUGGUUUGGACAAGUUCUCUGAGUUGGCCACCAAAAUGCUUCUUGGAGAGAACAGCGCCGCCAUCAAAGAAAACCGGGCUUUUGGCAUUCAUUGCUUGUCGGGAACAGGCUCACUUCGAGUCGGUGCCGAUUUUCUGACUCGCUGCGCUAAAUUCACUACCGUGUACGUGUCACAGCCAUCAUGGC